GCAUCAAAAUAAUUUGUUCACGACGACAUUGUUGUUCUUUUCCCCGAUACAAUGAAAUGUGACUUUCAUAAAUAAUACUGAUAGUGGAGAACAAUAAGGUGCAAUUCGUAAAACGCAAUUAUAAUGGGUUUUCCGCGUCCGUGUCCCCUGUCCUAUAAAUUAAGAAUUCCAAACCACUACAAAUCAUUCAUUCCCGCAACAAAAAAAUAAUCCCCCAAAUGUGAAAAAUUGUCAGGCUAAACUGUUCUUGUUUACCCCUGUCAAACAAAACACAAAGCGGAAGCCAUCGACUAUUUAAUCACCAAAAUAACCUUUCACCAGCGAUAUGACAAGCAUCAUGAUUCCACCUAUCAUUCUGAUAAUUCUCAUCCCAACUGCUGUGAAUGCGAGCCUAAGCAUUGCAAACUCUGGUGUCAGGAGUAUUGGUAGAUUGGAUGCUGGGAUGAUUUUCUUCGUCGAAUUACUGAAUGAGGGGAAGCCGAAAAUUGUCGUGUCCAGUCGCAUGAUCGGCUGUUGCGAGAUUGUUACUAUUGAGGAUAUUGAGUGCGAGCAUAUUCAGCUGAUCGGUGAAGUGCUUUCAGUGGAGUCUCAAGAGAUGAAGAAUGUGACUCUCAUUUGGCCGACUCUAUAUCUUCACGACAGACGAGGCGAGUGUGCUGUUAGUAUAUCUGUUGAAUGUGAUGGUCAUGAUGUCGAGGAAAUUCGGCGAAAAAUUAAAUUUAAUACCAUGGUGACGGGCAGCAAUGGGAAUAUUCUCGAAGAAUACUAUGAUGCUGUUGAUGUGCGAGAAUGUUCAAGUCCCGAUCAGGAUACAUUGGACACGUGUCAUCCAGUGAACUGUCAAAUAAAGUACAAUGGACAACGAAAUUACUUCAAUGGUCAGUUACAGAGGUGUCAGUCAGUGCCAGUUUGUCUCUCAGAUUCCAGUAAGGAGCUUCCCGAUGUGGUGUAUGACGCUAUUAACAAUACCUGUCGCAAUAUGGAAAUGUCAGUGAGUCAGGAAGAAAUACAGUCGUUAAGCGGAGGUGCGGCAGAAAUAGCCUGGCGAUCAGAAUCAAAACCUAAAGUUAAAAAUGUACUAUGCCAUCAUGGCCAUAACGAUAAGCAAACUGGCCUGUGUCACUGCGAUGAAGGAUGGUCAUCCCAACCCCUCGGCAACCUAGAACCUAUCAAUGAAUACAUACACAUGUGCAAUGUGUUUGUAUUGCCCUUUCCUGGAUUUGGAAAUAGCCCGAUUCAUAUUCUGCUGAUGGUGAUUGCAGCUGUUCUGAUCGUGCUAGUAGUAUUAUUUUAUUGCAUAACCACCCUGUUGAUGGAAGUGUUACCUGAAAAAAUAAAGAUAGAACGAUCGCAGCAGACUAUCGGCUUACCCUGCUUUGAUGGCUCGUCAAAAAGUUUGACAUCUUGCUGCUCUACGAGACCAGUCCCAAGAAAACAAGACAGCAAUACCUCCAAUAUAACAUAUUCAAGACUUUCAAAUCGUUCCUUACAUUCUAUAAGACCAUGAAACCGAGUGAUAAUUAUCUUGCACUUCGGUUGGACGAUAAAUCCACUUGAGACAAGUAAAAAGUUGACUUGCCGAAACCCGGGAUCGAACCGGGGACAUUUAGAUCUUCAGUCUAACGCUCUCCCAGCUGAGCUAUUUCGGCGAAGUUGUAUUUUGUGGCGGACAAUACUAAUUUAAAAUAUGGCAAACUGAACAAAAUCGAUUACUGAAACUGAACUGGUAUUGAACCGGAGACAUUCAGAUCUUCAGUCUAACGCUCUGCUUUUUUUAAAACUAGGUUUUAAUUCAGGAAUUUGGUAAUAUUUACGCUAUAUACACUUCUAAAAACAAGUAUCUAAGAAGUAUUUGUAAAGUAUCAUUUUGAUAUAAACUUUGAUCUUUUUUGCAACUCCCGAAUUAAAAGAAUAUUUUAGUAAUUAUAUGAUUACAUAACACUGUAUGGUACAGUUUAAGUUCACCAGUAUUCCAGCUUUAACCCUUUCGCUACGGACGCAUUCUCCGGCGCGCUUCUCUCGCUGAGUGAGCCGCGGCGCCAAAAGUGUGCAUUUGCGGAACAACUGCAAUCGUAUAGCGAGCGUUAGGGGUUGGGUGACUAUAGUCACCGCUCGUACAUAGCGAGCGUCAAAUGUUGGGUGACUCAAGUCACCGCUCGUGCAUAGCGAGCGUCAGGUGUUGGGUGACUAUAGUCACUGCUCGUAGCGAAAGGGUUAAUUAUUUUUUCUUGUGUCGAAAAGUUUCGCGUUUGCUAUUUGUCCCUAAGAUUACUCCUAUUGGUUUUUUAAGACACUUAAUAUGGUAAAUGAAAAAAAAAAAAAAUUGCCGAAACCCGGGAUUGAACCGGGGACAUUUAGAUCUUCAGUCUAACGCUCUCCCAACUGAGCUAUUUCGGCUAUAGAGAGAAAAACAGAAAAUAGUAUACAAGAGGGAAAGAAACUCUCGUUCACGACGAGCAGCAAUGCAACUUAAUUAAUAUAAAAAUUAUCAACAAUAUGAUAUCGGAAAUAUCUAUGUAGGAUUCAUGACAGUAGUUUUAACAAAAAAAAUAAUACGGUUCAUUCGUGGAAGACAAAGGUAAAUGUCAAAUACAUAAAUAUCCAACUCUCAACCCGGCACUACGAACUCCGGCUAACAACUAACUACCCUAAUCAUUUUCUCGCCCUUAAAUGCUAAAAGUGUCCUCUGUCAUUGUCGUUUUCUCAUUCACGUCGACACUCGUUCCUUCUCAUUUUACUUUCCAGUCAAUCUUUUUCACUCUACUAUUCACUCACGAAACUACACUCAUCAGGCCCAAACUUCACUUCAUUAUUUUAUAGUCAGACCCCCGAGUAUUUCCCUGCUGGUCCUAUCGCGACUAUAGAACUCGGGCCCGCACAGUCUUUUCAUGGCUUAAAAUCCUCAGAUUUCCCAAAAUAUUUCAUCAGGCCUCUUCUUCUUCAACAGGGAUUUUUCCCCUAACACUUAUUCACUUAAAAUAUGUAUCCCACAUCCCUAACGGUGGAGAAAUACGUUCUAAUGUCGCUAGCAUCGACCCAAGAGUGUGGAGCAACCUGGAACUUCUCCGCGAAAAACUCCGCGAAAACUUCUCCGCGAAAAACUUCUCCGAGAAUCCGAGAGUUGCGAUUUCGAAGGGAGACCCUUAAGUCCAGAAGUUCGGCGAGAACAGACUGUUGGAAUAUCGGGAGCAAAAUAAUGGAAGAACGCAAUUGAAUUUUAAUAGUCAACUUUAAUAUAAAUUGUACGAACUCUAGUUGUCAAGAGGACACUGCACACUGUAUGGAUUCUUAGAAGAGACUAAAAACUAAACUAACCAUCAGGCCCCGAUUCACCUCUACUUGUAGAAGGCAAUAAACCUUGCACCCCCUGAAUCUCCAUUAAGGGAUUCCACUUUGACCAGGUCUGGUCACCAUAUGGUUUUUGGGAAAAUCCCCUUUUGCAAAGUGCAGCAAUAAAAAUUCCAAACUAAAAGGCUCUGACGGUAAUUAAAUAAUAAAUAUAAAAACUCUGGGACGAGUGAAUUUUGUAUCUGGGAAAACCCCAAAAUUCAACACAGACAAAUUCAGGAAUUUGAGUUUAAAAACCUGAUUUAAUUCCUGAGGACUUCAGUUUAAAAAUGGUCAGAUCUCGCCACUCUCCCCCACCAGGAAUCGAACCUGGAACCCAGCCUUACGGCGUCGGGCUAUCAGUGUCCCAGAGCUUUAAUGUUUGUCUUCAUCAGCAGAUAACAAAUUGGCGGAAGAAUCCGAUUACAGUAUAUGUAAAGAGUAGAGAGAAGAGGUGAGGGCAAAACGACGAAUGUAUUGCGUCGUUUAUUUCAAACUUCCUGCUAGUACCUGGUUGGCUGGGAGCUUUCGCAUCCACCCGGGUUUGAAACUGCAAUUAAAGUAAUUGGCCUCAUUGUGUUGUCCGGAGCGAAAGCUAGUGAAUGGGCACUGUCAGCCAGCCUCAGCCCGAAACAGAAAUGUGCACCUAUCUUAUGGUCCGCAGAACAGUGCUUCUCACAACAAACAUUCUUCUCUUUUUUUUUCUUUACAUUUUUUUAGAAUUAAAUCCUUUAGGCGCUGCCCUGUCCUGGACGCUCCGUCAUUUCGUCCGUGGGAGAUAUCGGGAAGAACUGUUAAUUUGAUGUUUCCUGGACGAGAAGUUCCUUAUAAAUAUCCUCCUACAGGAGCUUUAAUCAAUAUCACUCAAAAAUUGAGGUUGAAGUUAUGAGCAACUUCACCCCCGAAGUGUCUGAAGGGGGUGCAAUGAAGAAUCUGUAAAUGGUUGACAGUGAUAUUAGAAUUAAACGUCCCGAAUGUACAGGUCAUUAGUGAUAUUUUUGGUAAAGAGAUUUGAAAUAUAUUUUCAUUUUUGAAAGGUCGAGAUAACGCAACUUUUCGCGAAAUCCGUAAUUCUAAUCUUACGUUGUGACGUAGAUUUGUUUUUAUCGCAUCUCACUGGAAG